AUGCAGCUCCUGCUACUCUGGCUGAAGGUGUUUCUCUUCCUUGGUGGAUGGUCACCGCCUGUACAAUCUCAAAGCCAAGGUCCCUCAGAAGAAACUAUUCCCUUGAUGAUCACAGACUCUGACAGGGACACCAAGCCUUCAGAAUGGAUCUCUUACAGCCUGAAGUUUGAGGGUCAGAGACACAUUGUCCGUAUCAAGGCCAUCAAGCACUUGCUGGCUAGGCACAUGCCAGUGUUCACUUACACAGACCAGGGAGCUCUCCGUGAGGACUAUCCUUUCAUCCAGGAUAACUGCUACUAUUAUGGCUAUAUGGAUGGGGACCCAACAUCUCAGGUUUCCCUAAAUAACUGUUUUGGGGGACUCUAUGGAUUUUUACACAAAGACAACACAGUUUAUAAAGUGGAGCCCAAACUAAAUUCAACCACAUUUCAACACGUGGUAUCUAAGCUGGUCAGGAAGGAGAAAGAUUUCCCAGCUAGGAGGUAUGGAAUAACAGUUGAAGAAUCGAAAUACCAGUCCAAGAGUACAGGGGAUAACCAUUUAUCCACUUCAAGACAGAGCGGGAUAGAGGGCUGGUGGACCCACACACGAUACUUGCAAUUGGCAUUAAUUUGUAGUUUUGCUACUUAUUCUGAAUAUCGUGGUAAUGUCACAGUAGUACAGGAUUCACUUAUGUUAUUAUUAAGUUCAGUACAUACAAAUUAUUUGCAACUUGACUUACAUGUGACUUUAGUGGAACUUGAAAUCUGGACGGACAGAAAUCGUGCAUCUUAUCGGCAUGGUUUUUCAAUAGUUGAAACUUUCUGUAAAUGGAAGGAAACAUCUUUCAGUCUACACGUUCCACAUGACAUAGCAAUUUUAAUUGGCCGAUUAGGUAGACAGGACACAUUAUACAUGACUUAUCCAGGACAUGUGUGUGCUGAGACUGACAGAUGUGCUUUUAUUAACCAUAACACAUUUGAUGAUAUUACUGUAUCUGUGAUGAAAGCUACACAAGCAUUGGGUAAACAACUAGGUAUGGUUGAGGAUGGUGAUAAUUGUGUAUGUGGGGAACAAAUAUGCCUUAUGAAUUUGAACGCAAGUGUUGCACAUCGUUUUAGCAACUGCAGUUAUGCUGAUUAUUAUGCAGCCAACACAAAAUGCCUGCUUCGUGUACCAAAAGAUUUCAGAGAGGAACGUUGCGGGAACGGUGUGCUUGAAAAAGGAGAAGCAUGUGAUUGUGGCACCAUUGAUUCUUGUGCAGCAGAUCCAUGCUGUGAGACCGACUGCACACUGGCACCUGGGGCUGACUGUGUUGGGGGCCUUUGUUGCCAGAACUGCACAUUUUUGCCAAGUGGAACCCUGUGUAGAAAAGAAGAAAAUGAAUGUGACUUUCCUGAGUGGUGUAAUGGGAAAAGCUCUCAGUGUCCAGAUGAUGUGUAUGUACAGAGUGGGAUUUCCUGCGAGGGUGGUGGAUACUGUCAUGAGAAGAUGUGCAACAAACGUGAAGACCAGUGUAAAAGACUUUUUGGUGAAAAGGCUAAGAGGGCAGGUGUCGAAUGUCAUUCAGAUGUCAAUGCUAGGGGUGAUCGGUUUGGAAACUGUGGUUUCAACUUCACUUCAUAUACCACGUGCUCUAAAAGGGAUUCUCUGUGUGGAAGGCUUCAGUGUGAGAAUGUGGAAUCAAUUCCUAAUCUUCCAGAUCAUAGUACUUUGAUUUCAACGAAUAUCAGUGGCACCAUUUGUUGGGGGAUUGACUACCACCUGGGGACAAACACAUCUGAUUCUGGUGAUGUAGAAGAUGGAACUGAAUGCGGCAGACAUCAUAUUUGUGUUAAACGACGAUGUACCCCUAUAUCAUACUUCACAAAACGUUGCUCACCUCAGAUAUGUAGAAUGCGUGGAAUCUGCAACAAUAGAAAUCACUGUCACUGCAAACCUCCUUGGCGCCCGCCCUAUUGCUAUGUCCAAGGUGGGGGAGGUAGCCUGGACAGUGGCCCACCCAAUGCAAGUGAUUUUGAAGAGUCUGAAGAAGAUAUUUCAAUUGACAGUGAGAUUGGGUCUGAAAACAUACCACCACAUGCUUCUUUUUAUAUUCUUCAAUUGCGUGUCAUUGUACUGAUACUGAUUCUCCUUGUUAUAUUUGUCGAAACAGGCAACUGA